AUGAGUAGAGAGAUGUGUGUUCGCGUGCGUUUUGUCCUCAGCGGCGCCUGCCAUCCGUCUUACUCAGGCCGUCAGGUGCAGCUGGAGGUGCCGCUGGCGCAGGAGAACGGCGCCCCUACCACAACGGCGCACAUCAAGAGUUUAAUACGGAGAGAUUGGCCCAGUGACCUAUCGGAGAUGCGGGACACCAUCAACACUGCGGAGCUAAAGAUACUUAAAACUGGGAAUCUUCUCGCAGACGACACACCGCUGCGCAGUGUUCUCACCGCUGCAGAGGCGCAGGACUGUAGACUUGAUGCUCCUUCUGCUCCCCAGGACGGGGAGGAACCCAAGUCGGUGCUCAUGCACCUAGUGUUGCAAAAAAACUCCGGGCUGGUGAAGCGCGACAAGGAGGGGGAUAAGCCGGGCACCAGUAAGCGGAGCGAGGUGAGGCCCAGCGACAGCGGCUGCUGCCGGCUCAUGUAG